CGUUGAUGACGUCGAUGAUGACGUCGUUGCAUGUAUGCAUAUAUGACGCUCCUCCCCACAGCUGAUCAUUCUACUGGAGAUUCUUCGAGCGACGCGCAGAAGACUUACCUGAGCAGAAGAUCACAGUAGCAGAGUAAAUAAGAGGCGGAUGAAUAAUUUGAAGAAGAAAAUGGACGUUUCUGCUCUACUGCAGAAACCCAUUGGCACAAAAGUGUUCGUUCCUAGCGGAGUCACCCCGCAGUGCUCCCGAGGCAAACUGGGACAUGGUCUCUUUCUGAAAAGACAGGACUUCGACCUGAGAGACCCUAAAUUUAUCCAUAGUCCACUGGAAUACAACAACCUCCACGAUGAACAUCUAAAAUCUUUCUUCAACCAGCCCAGAAAGAAGAAGCAGCUCAUCAAACUGGGCUUAAUAACCUGGGAUGAGAAAGUGCCGUGCUCCCUAAAGGAGUUUAACAUGUACAUGGAUUACCAGAGGGCUUUUCCUCCGAAAAAGCAAACACCAAGACUGGACCAGAGAACCACCAGUGCAUACCUGCCCGACCCGAGGAAGCGCUUCGGUGCUCAGGAGAAGAACAAGAAGAAGAAGAAGGAGCAGCUCGUUAGAAAAGGCUUAACUGAUCAGGAUAAGAAAGCAAAGACUUCAGACUACUGCACACGUACAGUACAGCCUGAUGAUGUUGAUAUUCUUUUAAGCAUCAUUGAAUUGCAGCGCUCUCUGGCAUCCAGUGAGCCGGACACCCAAACAACAUCACUGCCUCUCUCAUCAUCUGAAGAGGAGUGGUCCAGCUUGAGUGGGUCAAGUUUCCUAGAUUCAUCCAGCACCAGCUCCUGGAACACAUCUUCAGAAGAGGACAUCCUAUAUGAUAUCCUAACAUCACGGCCACGCCCUUCACCAAUAACUGAGGAGGAGCUGGAGGGCGAUGAUGAUGAGGAGCAGGACGAUAAGCAGGAGAAGGAGGAGGAGUCCAGCUUGAGUGGGUCAAGUUCCUAUAAGUUAUCCAGCUCCAGUGAGGAAUCUUCAGAACAUGACUUUUUUCGGGAGCUCUUAACCAACAUAUAUGACCGCAGGACUUCUUCCGUGGACUAAAACUCCUACCCGUCACCCUUUUUUUCCAUUUCUUUUACUUAUUUUCUUUCUAUCUUCUUAAUGAUAUGAUUUCGUCAAUAUAAUCCGUAUUAUUAAAUUGGCUUGAAAAAGGCAGCAGAUAGAGGGGGGGAGG